UCUCGUGGCGGAACUGUUUGUCCGGAAGCGUGGAUGAGGGCGGUGGGGCGUUGGUGUGUGCUGCGUCCGCUCCACGUUCUCGUGCUGUCAACAUGUGCAGCAUAGAUGAGGGUGACCUGGAGGAUAUCCGGUCCAAGGAGGAGGCAGACCGGCUGAAAUCAUCAGCUGUAACCCCCAGUGGCAGACCGAUGCUCUGCCAGAAGUGCCGCGAGGAGCCGGCUGUCCUUCUACUGCGCGUCAACGACAUCUACUGCCGCGGCUGCUUCCUGGCGGCCGUCACACACAAGUUCCGCUCGACGCUGGGCAAGUCCCGCCUGCUGAAGCCCGGCGAGCGCGCGCUGCUGGCCUUCUCCGGCGGCCCGGCCUCGUGCGUGCUGGCGCGCCUGCUGCGCGACGGCCUGGACCAGCCGGGCAGCAGGCAGCUGCGUCUGCAGCCCCACCUGCUGCACGUGGACGAGUCGACACUGCUGGCGGGCGCGGCGCCGGCGUCGGUGCUGCAGCUGGCCGCCGAGUACGACGUGCCCGUGUACCGGGCCGCGCUGGAGUGGGUGCUGACGCCCGACGGCGCACCCGUGGCUGAGCCCGUCCACCUGCCGCCGGAGCGGGUGACGCACGCCGCCUUCUCCAGUCCGGACGUCUCUCAGGGGGAGACGCCGCAGACGGCGACUCUGGAUGGCGCGCAGCAGAAGACGGCGUCAACGGCCGGCGUGGGCGGAGAGACGCCGGCCGACUCGGAGCAGCUGCGCCAGCGGCUCCUCCAGCUUUGGGAGGCCGCCGGAUCGACCACGGCGCGCGAGCAGCUGCUGGCACGGCUGCGCGGUGAGCUGCUGGCGCGCGCCGCGCGACAGCUGGACUGCCACCUGUUGCUGCUGGCCGAAACCGAAACGCGGCUGGCUGUUCGGCUGCUGGCCGACCUGGCCGGCGGUCGCGGCGCACACGCGCACCAGCUGACCGCGCUAGCCGACGAGCGGCACAGCGGCCUCCUGCUGCUGCGGCCGCUGCGCGAGCUGUCCGCCAAACAGGUAGCGCUGUUCGCGCACCACCGCGGCGUCCCGUUCGUGGCCGGCGGCGGGCUGGACACGCUCACGCCGGCCGACGCCAGCGUCGACCGCGCCACCGAGGCGUUCGUACAGGGUCUGCAGGCCGACUUCCCGGCCACCGUGUCGACAGUGUACCGGACCGGCACGAAGCUGGCGGCAGUGGGCGCGCUCGCGGCCGACUGCGCCCUCUGUCGGCUGCCGCUGGACACGGGCGGCGGCGCCGCGUCGGCUCUGCAGGCCACACGCUUUUCUCAGCUGGUCUCCGCCUCGGGCCCAGCCACUUUCGACCCUGGCCAGCUCGCCAGCGCCGCCGCGGUUGGCACCACCCUGCCAUCUGUCGGUGCUGAGGGAAGCUCUAGUUUGGAAGACUCACGCUGUAGCGGUGAAGCGUGUUGCGGGGAGGAAUGCGGCUCGUCCGGAUCCUGUGUCCGGGGAGGUGUUGCGCGCCCAGCUGUUGAGCUGUUUGUGCUACGGGUGUCAGCUGAUGGUCAGGGACAUGUCUGAUGUGGGUGAUCUGCCGCCGUUCGUGUGGAACGAGGUGACCUCCAGGAGCCGAUUGGAGAGGAUGCGCGCGGAGAUACAGGACUUCCUCAUCGACGACAGCUGAAGCAAAAUGGCCCCGUGUUGGUGCUUGAUGUGUGGUAUACUGAGGUGAUGCACCGUCAGUGACAGAUGCUGUGAUGCACAGUUUUGUCCGUCAUAUUUCGCAGACUGUCAAUAACAAUUGUCGAGACCUGUGUACCUUUAUGGGGAUCUGAUGCGAAAGCUCACACCCUUUUGUCCGGUGUUUUCCCUCGUUUGUGUUGUGACAGCAUCGAGGUGAUUAUCCCUGUGGAUGUGAUGGUUGCUGUCGGGCUAAGCCCCGAUUUUGGUUGUCUCCAAAAUGAACGGUUUGAGUGCUGAAAAGGCGCCAAAGUGAAGGGGGCAGCGGCUAUUUGCCCAUCACGUAACAGCCUAUUGCGGAUUACACACAUUACGAGGAAGCAAACACGUUUCCUCUAAAGCGUUUAGCUGCACAGCUCAAAAGUAUCCACUUCACUAUCUCGCUUUCAAUCUACCGUCUAGAGCGUUGGGCUAGACUGGGCGCGUCGUUACGGUGUCGGCAUCUGCCAUGGUAAUAUCAACACACGUGCAUCGCUUAAACGUGGCUGAAAACCACGAAA